UGCUCUUUCUCUCUUUCUCUAAUGCAGUAGUUCAUAGAUGUAUACGGUAAGUAAUGUAAUUGACUCGCACAUUUCUACAUCAUUUCUGAUACAGACAUACCGGUAGGCGUUGUGCAUUAGAUGCAUAUGCUUCAUCAUCAGUUUGUGGAAUCAAAUUUUUCUGGUCAGCGUCUCUGUUCAUACUUUCACAAUUGCUUAAAUUGUAGGCGCUAAAUUUUCGUUUCAAUUACCUUUAUCUUCCUUCUUGUCAAAUUUCACAUCUUUUCUGUUAUUGUAGUAUUUUAUCUUAUGUUGUUUAUGAAGCAUAAAUUUUUUGCGUUUGGACAUUUGUUCUGUUUUUGCUGUGGCACUAAAAUAUGAAAAAGGGAACCCCAUCAAAGCGAAGUCCAAAAAGAAACAACAAAAGGUCAAUAAAACAGGAUGAGAAGACGCAAGAAAAACCUCCUCCCCCACCUCCUCGCUUAUCGAGUCGAGGUACAUACACAAACCCUCCUCUGCCAGUUAUUAGCCGAGGAACAUAUACUGGUGUACCAUUGCCAUCUGCCAGUGCUCCGAAGACUGAGCACAGGAGGCACUCAAGAUCUCGAAGGCAGUCUGUUCAAGGUAGGAAGCCAUCUGUCCAAGCCGAGAAACGUAAAUCUCAGCAUCAAACCGAAAGAGUCUAUCACGAGAAUAAACAUAAAAAGAAGAGAAAAAUAAUUGGUCUUUUGUUAUUACUCUCACUCUUGCUCAGUGGAAUUAUUGGAAUUUUCUUAUAUUUGUGGCCGAUGUUAUUUGGUGAUAAUGAGUGCACAAGUCUUGAACUUCCAGCAGAAUACAAAGCUAUCAUAUGUGCAAGAAUUCAAACAGGUCAGACAUGUGAAUUUAAUGUGGAAUCUUGUGACAUUUUGUGUCCACUUGGUCUUGAAACUGAUGAGUUUGCUUGUAUAACAUCAUGUAAUUGUGCUACAGAAGGAUUGUUUGAAUCAGAUGUGGCUUAUGAUAAAGAAAGUUUACAAACUUUACUUUCUGCCUAUAUGACGGUGGAAGAUCACACAUUUCAGCUCUUUUCAGGCAGUGCAACAAAUGUUUUAAAUAUUUGGAAUCUGAAUAAAGUGGGUACCAGUGUUAGAGUACCAUAUGUGCUUGCAGAUAAUUUGGAUCCUGCUGUACUGAUUGGCAUCAAUACUGCUAUCGAACAGCUGAUCAAUGAAACAUGCGUUGAAAUGGUUGUUCGAACUAAUGAACCAGACUAUAUACUCUUCAAGAAUGGCUUCGGAUGCUCUUCAGCUGUGAGCAGACUAGGAGGAGAGCAACAUAUAAUAUUAUCAAAACAUUGUAGUGCUGUGGGAGCUGUAUUACAUGAAAUUAUGCACACACUUGGCUUUUGGCAUGAACAUUCAAGACCAGACAGAAAUGAACAUGUCAGAGUGCUAUGGGAAAAUGUUGAUGAAUCAAACCAACACCAUUUUAACACUAGAAGUAUUGAAACUAUUUUUGAUUUUGGAUCACCAUACGAUGUGGAUUCUGUCAUGCAAGGAAGUGGUUUUUCAUUCAGUAUUGACCUUUCUAAACCAUCUAUGAUUGAUCUGAACACUUCUGAACCUGUAAAAAUACAAAGGGAAGGCUUGUCGAAAGAAGAUAUUGUGGAAAUCAAUUCUCUGUACGAGUGUUUUCUCUCCAGCGAAGAAGAAGUAGCUGGAGCUAAUUGGGGAGAGUGGUCAGAGUUAGGCCAAUGUUCAAUGACUUGCGGUUCUGGAGUUGCAUAUCAAGUACGAGAUUGUUUGGAUGGUGAAAAUGCAAUUAUUCCACGACGCUACUGUGGUACAGAUUAUUAUUUGGAAGAAAAAUGUGAAUCUGAACCCUGUGAACAAGGUGUUUGGGGACCAUGGUCUCAGUGUGAUCAUACCUGUGGAUUUGGGACCAGAAAAAGAGUGUCUUGUUGUGGAAAAAAUACAACAUCUGAAGUGGAAGAAUGUGAAGAAGAAGAAUGCGAAGAUCCUGAAACUUCAUUCUGGGCGGGGUGGCAAGAAUGGGGUGAAUGUUUGAGGACGUGUGGUAAUGGUAUGAAGCGUAGAUAUCGAUCUUGUUUUGACUUGUUUGAAGACACGGUUGAGAAUCUAAGAUGUCCACAAGUUGGAACUUCACAUUUGGAAAUAGAAAUCUGUGCUGCUGAACCCUGCCCAGAAACUCUUCCCGAAGUCGGGGAUUGGAGCGAAUGGGGUGACUGGGGUCAAUGUACAAGAACUUGUGGUGUAGGAUCUUUCAAAAGAGCUCGUGAAUGUCUGACAGAAAGUGGGAAAGAAGCCAAUUAUUGUGUUGGUGAAUACAUAGAAAUUCAGUCCUGCAAUAUGACUGCCUGUCCUGAUCCUGUUUUAUCACUGUGGGAGCCAUGGGGCCCAUGGUCAGAUUGUUCAGUGACAUGUGGAGGUGGUAGAAAAGUCAGGACCAGGAAAUGUCAAUCUUCUGUGCCACUCACUUUGGAAACAGACUGUGGGGAAUCAAUGGAACUUUUAGAUGAAGAGUCAAGAAUGGAGACCUGUCAUAAUGAUCCUUGUGAUCCAGAUAAAACUAUGUGGUCAGAGUGGGAAUCAUGGGGAGAAUGUAGUGCAGAAUGUAAGGGAAGUCAGUGGAGACUGCGAAGCUGCUUAGCAGGCAAUCUAGGUGAUCCUGGAUGUGAAUGGGAUGCUAUUUAUGAUACAAGGACAUGUAAUGACGAAUCUUGUGAUGCAGCAGGAAGGUCAGUUGCUGUUGAUCCAGGUUUCACUGGCAGUAGAUGGGCUCGAUGGUAUCAAUGGACUCCAUGCACUGUUUCUUGUGGUGGUGGAUGGCAGAAGAGGUUUCGUCUGUGUGAAACUGCUAAUCAGGUCAUGGCAUAUGAUUGCUUGACGAAGACUAAUCAAACUAAGGGGCAUAUCACAGAAAAGAAAAAGUGCAGCACCCAACGUUGUGAAGAGCCGAUUAUAUUAUGGAGUACUUGGCAGUCAUGGGGACAUUGUAAUGUUACAUGUGGAGCUGGAAAGCAUAGAAGGACAAGACUGUGCCUUGCAGAUCGUGAUCAAUGUAAAGGACCUGAUGUAGAUUUCAAAAACUGUAAAAUCAUUUCUUGUGACGUUGGAAAUGAAAAAGAAAGGCCCAACGAAAAAGGAAUAUUUGCCCAGGGCAAGCUGGCUAGAUUUUUUAAAGGUCCGAGCCAGCCCGUACAAACAAAACCAAAGUCGACUGAAAAGAGAAUGUUUGGAGGAAAGCCUCAAAAUAGUAAACCAGAAUUCUGUCCCACUGGUAGCAGAUCAUAUCAGAAAGAUUUUAAUGGAGACGGUGUCAAUGAUAUGCUGUGUCUUAGCUCAAAAGGGAAGAUCAAAAUAGCUUAUACGGUUGGUGACGAUGGAAUUCAACUCCCAGAGUGGGAGAGUGAUGCAGGAUUUUGCAACUGGACAGAGACAAUUGGACUGGUAUAUGCUGAAGAUUUCAACAAUGAUAAAGCAAAUGAUUUGAUGUGUUUUGAAAAACAUACAGGUUUCAAAUUUGUACCGUUUCCUCGAAGGAAAAUUAAAAUGAAAUCAACGAGAAAUCAGGAAGCCCGUGAUAGACCUAACAACAAAGAUAAGCUUCCGGACAUCACAAAAAGAAAUAAAGUAUCAAACGAGAAUUUGGUGGAGGAGAAUGAAAUGAAAUUGGUGUUCCAGCACUUUGACGUGGAUAACGACGGAUUCGUUUCAGCCGAAGAUUUGAAGGCUUUAAUUUCAAGUCUUGGGGAACAAAUUGACAAUAACGAACUCAAGGACAUGUUACGUGUGGCAGACGCUGACGGAGAUGGCAAAGUAAGUUAUGACGAUUUUACCUCAGUAAUGAUAAAUUCCACCAAGUUAUUUUCACCGAGUGAUACAUUGACGGAGAAUAGUUCGAAUUCAUGCUUGCGGAGGCAUUCAAAGAGUGAACGACACUUGAGGAAUUCUUCGCCUUCUAAAAAUAGUAAAACUCGAGCAAACGCGGAUAAAUAUGAUUCGAAACAACGGAAAAGAACUUCACGCAUGUUUCAUCUACAAGAUCAAGUGUCUAAAGUUAUGAUGUUGAUAGCCGUCAAACGUAUUAUGCAUAAAGAUUCGUGGAACUGAUAUCACCAUAAAUAUCUUUUUGUCAAAUUGUUCAGAGAAAAUUGAACUAAACUCCCGAGAAAGAAAAGGUAUCAGGACUACUUUCGCAGUCAUGACGUUACUAGACAUCAAACACAUUAUGCAUGAAGAUUAUUUGAGCUGAUAACACCAUAGAGUACAUUUGUUGCCAAAUUGUUGAAAGAAAAUUUAACUCAACUUCUAAGAAAGAGAAAGUAUCAGGAAACUUUCCUGGUUAAUUUUGAAUAAACAUUUACCAAGGGAAGUAAUACACAUAAUAAAAAUA